AUGACUGCCUCGCUGGACACGUACGAGGAUGCAUCGCACUCGGUCGCAGGCUGGGCGGCGCAGGCCGACGCCUCUGCGGAGACGAAACGCUUUUCCACGGAUCGUCCAGCCUCGCGCAUGUCUGCUACCUACGCUUCGCGGCGUCCGCUAAGCGCCUACCAACCCCUGGAGCAUGACCAAUCCCAGCGGUCAUUUUCGCAGAUUGCACAAGCGCGCCAAACAUCCGUCGCAAGCGCCACAUCGAUACCACAGCUUACGUUCAAGAGCGCGGAUCUGCGCAGCGCGCUGCACCUGCAUGAGGCGCUCAAGCAUAAACUGUACAUGGAAGGCUACCUGCUUGUCCGCCACGCGCUCAGCGUCGAUGGACAGCCCGCGGGGCGCCCCGAGCACUUUCAGACAUGGACAGAAUGCUUUGUCCAGCUCAACGGCACUGUCCUCUGCAUUUGGAACGCACACGAAUUGCAGCGCGCCGAAGAAGAAGGACGAGAAAUUCCCCCGUCGUUUAUUAACGUCACCGACGCACUUGUCGACUUUAUUGGCUUGCACGUCGAGGCCCCAUUUUCCGAUCCCGGAAACCGCAGGCAUCUCUUCCAUGCGUUUGCCGUCAACAGCGCGGGAAACAAUCGCAUCCUUUUUUGCUUUAGCGCGCCUCCUCCGUGCGAUCCUGCACUUGUGCAGCAGCGCCUCUCACCGCGAUACCGCGGCCGCCCCGAGCAGACACACGUCGUCGAGUGGCUCAACCUGGGGCACCGCGUUUUGCAGGCCUGGAUCAACGCUAUUCGUCUCGCGUCCUGGGAGCGGAUGCGUCUCGACGAGAUCUACACGGGCGCACUCAUCCGCGCGCGCCUCAGCGCUUUAAAAUACGCACAGCCCGGCGCCAAAGAAAGCGCAGAGCUCUUUGUUCGCUCGCCACUCACGCGUGGAAAACACGAGGGAUGGGUCCGUGCAAGGUUCAUGGGCUCCACAGAAUGGCGGCUCUGCUGGAUGGUUUUGCAGAGCCACUGGCACGAAGAGGAGUCUGCCUCGGCCUUGCGCCGCUUCUUUCGCCUCGGCGGCACUGUCGAGCAGCAAGGGCCGCCGCCGCCGCCCAGCGGCACAGUCGCUUCGUCCGCCGUCGCCCACUUGUACGAGUCAAAGAAGGCCAAGAAACCUUUGGCGAGUUUGUGGCACGUACGCCACGCAUACGCCGUGUAUCCCUCGCGACCCGACCUGGUCGAAGGCUCCGUCUUGUUCAAGGUCGAGGGAGCCGUACCACAGAGCGCCGCACUUUCUGCGACGCAUGCACAGCGCAAGACGGGCUGGGUCAUGUUUAUGCCCGAGCUCAAAGCACCGCACGCGCGCGGCGCAAAUGCAGACAUGAUGAAGUGGAUUAUUGCAUUUAUGGAUGCAUUUCGCCUGUACGGGCGGCCCGGCUCGUUUGCAUGGGAUGCGAGGAACCCUGCAUCGCCUUUCUUUGCAUACCCCAUUGGGCCGCACAAGGACCACUUGUUCUUGGACCGCGCACUCACUGAAUUCCUCGAUAUUACUGUUGAGGAUCACUUGAGUACGCGGCACCAACUGCACGAUGUUAUGGCUGCGCGCAUGCGUGGGGAAGAUACCGUACUGCUCCCUCCGCUUGUAGAGACAGGGCCCGUUUCUGUAUCGCGCAAGCCAACUGCUGCUGGGCGCGCCGUCCAAGCCAAGAUCCAGGCGGAUAGAGAAGCGAAACUCGCUGCACAAAAAGGGCCGAGUGCUCCGGUCACGGCGGCUGUAGACCAAGGAGUGCCGCAUCAGCGGCACUCUGUACAGCUGCCUCGAGCGCAGGAGCGCAUAGAAGAGCCUGCGAGGCACUCUUUCCAAGCGCCGCGAUCGCGGCCCAUUUCCCAAGUCAUUACCGCGUCGGCAUUUAAGCUGAAAAAUAUACGGACGGGAAAGAAGAGUGCAGACGCGCUGGCAAGCGCAGAACUGCCAUUGUCGAGUGGUGGCUCGGAUAGGACAGAGCCCAGUGCUUACUCUACUUCGACAAGGGCAGAGCCGGGCGUGUAUGGAGGCGUGGAGGCGAAUGAGCGUGACGCGUUGGGUGCGUAUGGAGAAAGCAGGGCGACGGAGCAAGGGGGGGGACAGAAAGAGGGGCAGGAGCCGUACCAAGAGCAAGAGCCGUACCCAAGCCAGGGUACAGAGACGGCCUUGUACCAAGAACAAGAGCCAUACUCAAGCCAAGGCGCCUCUAUGUACCAAGAGCAAGCACAUGUAUGGCACCUGGCCCAAAACGAAGCUGGUUACUCUCCACCCGUAGCCCAAGAGCAGCGCGUCGUGCACGAUGCCUUACCAAAUGACACGCUUGAUCCAUGGACUGCACAAGCGCCUGCGCCUUCCCAAGUCCACGCCGCCGCAAAAGCCAAACCCAUCCAAACUGCGCCCACUCCCCGCGACGAAUGGUUCGAUUACAUGGGCUCCUCAACAUGGGCUUCCGAUGACACGCAUAUGUGGACCGACAAGGCGCGGGAAACGCAGCGGGCCGAAGCGUCUGUAAACCCCAGGCACGAUCAGGUGUAUGCCUGGCCGAUUGUAGAGAGUACGGCCAAUGCGCCGCCCAUGCCGCCCCCUGCAAACGAUGCUGCACAACCGCCUCAGCAUAAGUCGCAAGAACUCACGCCCAUUACAGAAGCGUCUCCCAAUGCACCGACGAUUCGCUCUGAUCCAUGGAGAAGCCCUCUUAAAGGCGCACCUUUCCGCACUGCACAUGCCGAGCGUUUUGCCAUGCCCGCAGCCUCGCCUGUUUCUCCAGCCAUUCCCACGAGCCUUUCGUUCCUUGCGCCGAGCGCCGAUCCCGAGCUGGAAAAAAGCUCGCCUGUGCAGCGCAUUGUUGUUGUAUCCCCUACAAAACCUGCGCGUACAGAGUCUCGUGCAUCGCCCACCCACAAUCCUGGGCUGCAAAUGUCUCCAGAAAAAUCUGCAUCGAGCAUGUCCAAAGGCACGUCUGCAUCGACCGCGUCUCCGCCCAAAUCUGCCCCUGCGAUGCUCCUUGGUAAACACGCUCUCCCGCCAAAAAGCACCAACCCCUUUGACGUGCCUGACGCAGCAUCCACAGCGCCAUCCUACCUUCCCUCGGUGGAUGCAGGCCGUCGCCUCGUCUCCACCGCCUCGGUUGAGCACAGUACAGACAGCCACGAAGCAAGGAUACUCCAGCACUAUGUCGACAAUCCCUCCGUUCUUCCGAGCCCCGACUUGCCCGCCUUUAUUCCGAAUCCCACCGCCCGGCACUCGAUUGUCAAGCCCAUCCAAGCGCCCGCGGAGCCUGUACAAGACUCCUCUGCCUCUGUGCCAGACGAAGAGAGCGUCGCAUCCUACUACGAAGCGCCGCCCGAGGCGCAGCCACCGCAGCCCCGCACCUACCCCUCCUCUUUUGGACGCAACAAGCAGCACAGCACUGACUCCGAAGCUCUGCAGCACACACGCCCCGGUCGCCUUUCGCAAGCGCCUCGCGCUGCCCACGCCCAGGACUGGGUCGACCGCGACGAGUUCGAGACGAGUGAAGAGCCUGCGCGCACCUCGCUCCUCUUUCCUCCCAGCACGAGCAACAGCAGCCCGUUUGUAGACGCACACUCGACGGUGCAUGCAUCGACGCACGGCCAUGCGGCGUUUGCUUCGCUCCCCACCCCACAGCCACGCACUACGACGCCGUCCGCAUCGCCCAUGCGCGCAUCAGCAAGCUCGUCAAGCCUCGGCAUGGACCGCCCGCGCCAGACAUUUGUCAAGCUAGAGCCCCACGAGCAUCCCGGAAAACAACAGCACCUUGCCUCGCGGCUCUUGGGCUCCGCCUCCCAGGAACGACUCGAUCGCUCCACACGCUCCGCCGAGCAAGACAGCGGUCAUGUUUUGGUGAAUGUGCCCAACAAACCGCCGCCGCCUGCGGCGGGCCUUAUGGGCGCAAUCCAUUCGCGCGAUCGCAAAACGCGCCCGUCGUCGGUGGCGAGCACUGCACGCACAGGCCACUCUCCUCAGGGCCUCUCGCAGCAGCAGAUGAUGAUAAACAUGUACCACUGGCAGCAGCAGCAGAUGAUGAUGAUGAUGGGCAUGAGCCCGCCCGCGGUGCCGGCCGCUGCCAGUCCACAGCAGAUGCAGGCGCAGCAGCAGGCGAUGCUUGCCGCCCAGCAGGCGUACAUGCAGGCCAUGUCGCACGCUGGCACAGGCAUGCCGAUGCCGUUUGGCGCGCCGGGGACGGGCUACGCUUCCCCCCCCACGCCCGAAACGGCGAGUCGAUCCUCCUACAGGGUCCCGUCGCCGUCCAAAGAGUCGUCCUCGCAUGGCGUCUCCCGCCAAGCGCACAUGCAGUCGAGCCGCAGUUAUGCCUCGCAGAUGAGUGCGACAGGAUCGCGCACAUCACUGCGCGAAGGUGCUUAG